AUGCUCAUGAUUGGCCUCAUUCGACUGACCAACUAUGACACAAGGUUCGGAGCAGACACAUACCUCGUUGGCGAGUUUGCAUCUCACUACAUCAACACCAUGCAAGAGAAAGACGAAAACGGCUUUGUUAAGGUGGCCACUACGAUCAAGCACUGGAUCUAUGGCUCGAGCAGUGGUGGCGUCAACACAGCUAGCAUGCAGGGCGGACUGAACCACAUUCUGAACGACAUCGGGGCCCCAUACGUCAAGGCUAUCAGAGAGGCCAGCCCCCUAUCUCUCAUGGUCUCAUAUGCAAGCGUGGAUCAGGUACCCAUGUCCAGGAAUAAGUAUCUCAACAAGGACAUUUUGAGGGACUUACUGGGCUUCAAGGGGCUGAUUAUGUCCGAUGCCGGCUCGAUUAGAAACAUGUACACCCAGUCGAAGGUGGCCAAGUCGUAUGCCGAUGCUGGCUUGAAAGCCCUUCGCGGUGGGUUGGAGCAUGAGCUAUCUCCGCGACCACCAUCCGCCUUCCCAACACUCAUCGAUUCGAUAAAUAACACGGAGAUCGCGGGGCUCAUCGACGAGGCAGUGCACGCAAUUCUGCAGAUCAAGUUCGCAACUGGAACUUUCGAUCUUCCUCUACCCUCCAUCGAAAACAUGAACGCUACCCUUCGGAACGAAAGACACCUCGAAAUCAACCGGAACAUUUCCAGAGAAGCUAUUGUUCUGCUCCAAAACGACGGAACCUUGCCCUUGACAAAAAGCAACGUUCCCCGCGUCGCACUUCUAGGGCCUUAUGCAGACAUCCUGAACACCGGCCAGUACGCCGCCAACAAUGCAUCGGACUCAUCUUACGGUGACACAUUUCGAACAAGUCUUGAGCGGGAGCUUGGGGCCGAAAAUGUCAAGUAUGUGGCUGGCGUCGACAUUCUCAGCACGAACGAUAGCUCUGGCAUUGAUGCAGCCGUCGCCACCGCGAAGGAGAUCGGACUCGCCGUGGUUGUUCUCGGAUCUGGCUGGGGAUCAUUCGAUACAUCAUAUGAGUCGUUGCAUCGAACCGAUGGCGAAGGUUUUAGUCAUCCUGAUCUAGGGUUUCCGGGUCUGCAGCAAGAUCUCUUGGAUGCCGUCCUUGAUGCGGGUGUGCCAACAAUACUGGUCCUCAGUGGUGGACAGACAUUCCUGUUGAAUGAGUUAACUAAGAGAUCCAAGGCGAUUCUUCAUACCUGGCUCGCUGGAGAAUACACGGCUGAUGCUUUGGUUGAGAUUCUCUUCGGAGAUGUCAGCCCUAGUGGGAAGCUGACAAUCACAUUCCCCGAAGCAGAGGGCGCGUUUCCUGUUGCCUACGAUUACUUCCCGUCUGAUGAUGAGGGCGGCUUCGGUACUGCGACACAAUACGACUGGCAUCUCCCGGAAUUAACACGCUAUGCUCCCAUUAGAUUUGGCUUCGGACUGAGCUAUACGACUUUCAACAUCUCGUCGCCUUCUCUGACAUGUCAAUCUGCCAGCAACAGCAGCGUUCCCGCUGUGUGCGACCAAAACAGCCAGGUGACCGUCACAGUAGAUGUGACCAAUACUGGCAGUGUAUUCGGCCGAGAGGUUGUUCAACUCUACUACCGUCCGGAAUAUACCCAGAUCGAGUUUCCAGUCAUGAAGCUCAUUCGCUUUCACAAGGUGGGAAUUAAAGCAGGCGAGUCGAAAGAAGUCACACUGUCUGUCCCGUACAACGAACUCGGCUAUUUCGUCGGUGGAGAGUGGGAGGUUGAGACAGGACUUUACAAUUUCUGGGUGGGGAGCAGCUCAAGAACUGAGGAUCUGCAAAGCCUGAACGCAACUCUGGUGUAA